UUUGAUGCUCUACCGGAGGAUCGCUUGGCGCAACCAUUGCUGUUUUCCUGGCGAUGGAGAUCGCAUCUUGCAAGAGGAGCGCAAGUGGCUCGAUCUCUUCCGGAAUCCAGGAGUGUGGCGGGACAACAGAGCUAAGAAAGAUUGGCAAAAUCUUCCAGAUUUCAAGAAUGUGGAGACUGGGGAGAGUUUGUGGAUUGGAUCGCUCUACUGCCCUCGAUGGGUUCAAUCCAGGCUCGGCGAAAACUCCCUGGCACAGCACAGUUUCGCGAUCACGACGAGUUUUAGCUCUCAAGAACAGGAAGAACGUCGCAUUUCCAGGUUGCUAUCCUCGCUAAGAUCUUGCAGCGCUUCCAGGGAUGUAGUGACUGGUAAGGAGCUCCAUUUGGAGGCGAUCGAGAGUGGGCUUGCCUCCAACGCUUACGUUGCCAGCAGCUUGAUCAGUAUGUACUCCAAGUGUGGGAGUUUGGAUGACGCUCGAGAAGUGUUUGAAGGGACGGGGACGAGUUCUUGUCUUCGUAGCACAGCUUGUUGGAACGCUUUGCUACUCGGCUAUGCCACUCACGGAGAGGAAAAAAUGGUUUUGGAGCUCUUCGGCAGUAUGCUCGAUCAGCAAGGCUGCGUUCCAGAUUCUCGGACUUUUCUCGCGGUGAUCAUGGCUUUGGCUAGUUCGGCAAGCAAGGAGCAAGGCCUGGAAGUCGACGAUAAGUUUGUCAAGCUCGGUUGCCUGAUAAAAGGGAUGGAAAUACACUCGAAGUUCUUGAGAAGCAGCAACUGCGAUGAAGACGACGACAACGACAUCUUUGUCGAGAACAGCCUGGUCGACUUCUAUGCCAGGUGUGGAAGUUUACGGGACUCGAGGGCGGUGUUUGACAGAAUGAAGCAGCACUCAGUGGUCUCCUGGACGUCGCUCAUACUUGGCUGUGUGGAAAAUGAAGAGGCCGAGCUCGGGCUAGAUCUGUUCGCGAGAAUGGUAGCUCUCAGAGGCUUUGAUCCUGAUGCCAGAGCAUUCGUCGCGGCGAUCACGGCAGCUACGAGUUUAGCAGCGAGAGAAGAAUCGGAUAAAAAGCUCCAGUGGCUCGAGCGAGGAAGAUUGCUCCACAGCGAGGCAGCCAAGAACUUACACGACUCAAACAUCUACGUAUCAAACGCUAUGAUCGGUAUGUACUCCACUUGUGGAAGCUUGGUGGAUGCUAAGGCAGUGUUUGACAGCAUGAACCAGCAAGACGCCGUGUCCUGGACGAGUAUGAUCCUCGGCUACACGGAGAACGGCGAAAGCGAGCGCGCUUUGGAGCUCUACUCGCGAAUGAAGUGCUCGCGAGACGCUCGAACUUACGCCGCUGCAUCGAUGGCCUGCGCGAGCUUGGCUGCCGACGAAGAUGGCGUUGAAGCUUUUGGAAAGAUCGUCAAAGUCAAGUGCCUGGAAAGAGCCGGCGCUUUGAUGGAUAUGUACGCAAAGUGUGGAAGCAUGGUUGAUGCUCGAGCGGUGUUUGACAAGAUGGUAAGCCAUAGCUUGAUCUCGUGGAACUCACUGCUACAUGGCUACGCAGGAAAUGGAGAAGCCGAGCUCGCACUGGAGCUCUUUGCAGCCCUCCAAGAGCUGCUAGAGUUAAAUCCAAUCCCCGGAAGAACACUUGGAGCUGCGCUGGUAGCUUGCGGGAAGCUAGCAUCGCUCGAGACCGGCAGAGAAAUCCACGCACGGAUUUGCAGGCAGGGCCUCGAGAGUGACAAGUUCCUCGCAAACUCGCUAGUGGAUUUCUACGCGAAGUCCGGGAACUUGGCCGCUGCUCAGGAAGUUUUCGAUUCGAUCGUCACUAGCAGCAGCGGCGGCAGUAGCUCUGUCAAGAUUUGGAGCGCUUUGAUCGCUGGCUAUGCGUCACAGGGAUUCACAGGUCGUGUUGUGGAGAAUUUGGAGAGGAUGCGUGAGAGUGGAGUGGAGCCAGACGGUGUUACGUUGCUCUCGGUUCUCACAGCGUGUAGCCAUGCGGGCGAGGUGGCCAGUGGAAGGAAAUAUUUCCAGGAAAUGGUGGCGAGGUAUGGGAUCAAGGCUGGGAGAGAGCACUACCAUUGUAUGGUGGAUAUGCUGGGGAGGGCAAAUGAGCUGGAUGCUGCCGUGGCAAUGGUGAAGUCUAUGCCAUUGGAGCCAACCGUGGUUACGUGGACUUCUCUUUUGGCUGCAUGUCACAAGUGGCAGAAUGUGGAAAUUGGGAGGUUUGCUUUUGAAUCUCUGCUGAGGGUAGAUGAGAAGAAAGCUACAAGCUACAUUCUCAUGGCUAAUAUAUUCACUAAAGUAGUAUGUUAAAUUAACCCUUUUAGGCCUUCUGCUUUCUUGCAAAGCAUUGUGGUCCUCUGCCCUAGUGCUCUUUCCAGGCAUUUUUUUCUCAAAGGGAUUGAUUGUGGCAGCCACCAACAUCCUUUUG